AUGGCCCGUGCAAGCACGUGUGGCGGCGACAAGGCGGAGUUGAGAAAAGGGUCGUGGACGGCGGAGGAGGACGAGCUGCUCGUGAAAUGCAUCGCGGAACACGGCGACGGCAACUGGAGCGCCAUUCCCAGGAAAGCCGGGUUGCAGCGGUGCGGCAAGAGCUGUCGCCUGCGAUGGACCAACUACCUGCGGCCCGACUUGAAGCGAGGCGCGUUUUCGCGCGACGAGGAGGAUCUCGUGGUGCGCCUGCACCGUCAGAUGGGCAACCGUUGGGCGAAGAUCGCGCUCGAGAUGCCGGGGCGCACCGACAACGACAUUAAGAACCACUGGAACACUCGAUUAAAGCGGCGACUGAGGGACCUCGGCGUCGAUCCCGACUCGCACCUCCCGCUGCCCUCCGCGCCGCCCCUGCUCGCCCCCUCUAGCCUCCUCGCCGCCGCUCUGGGGGAGGAUCCGCGAAAGGGAGUCCCCGCGGGGCCUGCUCCGCUGGCGGUAGCAUCGGCGCAAAGCGUUGAUGAACCUCUGUCAAAACGUCGUCGCGUGGAUGAGUCGACGCACGACGCGGGUUUCGCGUCGCCCACCGGUUCCUCCUCCCAGCUCCUCCCUCCCCUCCACGCCCCCGCCGCUCCCCGUCCCGCUCCCCGCGCACCUCCCGGUGCGCCUCCCUCCCCGUGCAACCUCCCCCCUUCCGCCAUCACUUCCCCUUUCGCACCAGCGGGAGAAGCUUCCCCCAGGACUCCCUCCGCCGACGACGAUAGUCCUUCCGCUUCUUCCGCUUCCCCCUGCGACAGCCCUUCCGCCCACUUCCCGGCGAGCCCGCCACUGCCUUCUGAGCCCCUUGCGCUUGCUCCCUUGGCGGUGCCCGCGCGCACAACGCCCAGGGUACUGGCGGAAGCGGAGGCAAAAUGGCGCAGUCCGCGCCCAGGCCGCGCAUGGCGGGAAGGGUCUGGCGUUGACGGGGAAGAUCAAGCUGGGAUGGGACAAGGGGGCGAGGUGGAGGUUGGUAGCAUCAACGCAGGCACCACAGUCUCCACAGGCGCCACGCGCAGUCAGCCCAGCAGGGGCGUGACUGAUAAUACGGCAAUGCCCCCUCCUGCGUGCUUAGAAGCUGGCCUGACUAGGUCACAGCCAAGCACUCAGGCUGCAUUGACACGGCUGACUGCGCUGCCUGGCAGUGCAGGGCGGGUGAGAGCAGGGUUCAGAAUGCCCCCUCGCCUCAUCAUCCCGUGCCUUCCUGGGGACACUGAAGCAGAUGCCACUGACAGCGCUGUAGCUGGGAUGGACGUUCCUGCAGGUCUGGGUGUGGGUGGAGGGAGCAACCUGGCAGCAGGCGCGACGGCUGAUACCACCAUGGUGUCUGAGAAAUUGCCCAGCCCCCUCGCGCUCAUCAACAGGUUAGUUACCCGCAUGAUUUUACUGUGGCGCAAUUUCCACUUUCCGCACGAAUCUCCAUCGUUUCCCUCCGCCGAUUCCCUGCAGGUGCGGCAGCUGGAGGAGGGUUUGCGCGGGUCAUGGCACCCGGCGGUGGUGGUGGGCGUGGAAGACGGCUGGCGCGUCGUGCAGUACCAGGAGCUUAUCACAGACGACCUCUCCGAGCCGCUCGUCGAAGCCAUUCCUCUCGCGUCCUACUUUACCUCGGGAACUCCGUGCCAGGCUCCACCCCCCGAUUCCCCGUGGAAAACUCUGAUCGAGUCCGCAAUGGCGAAAUUCGCGAAGCUGGUAACGGCGGACGGGGUGAACGGCCGCGCGGUGAAGCCGGUGCUGCGGCCGCGCCCGCCGCAGGAGCACGUGCCGUCGUACAGGCGGUGGCGCGCGGGCGCGCCGGUGGACAUGCUGUGCAACGACGCGUGGUGGGAGGGGUUCCUCCUCGCGGACGUCGUGCGCGUCGGCAAGCGCACAGAAGUACCCGUGGAGUUUCCCGACGAAGCGACGUCGGAGUCGGUUGCGAUCGGUUUGUUGCGGUUCGGUCAGGAUUGGGACGAGCGCACGGGCGAGUGGCACCCGCGGAAGGUGGAGGGGGCUGCGGCGAGGAUUGCGGGUAGCGGAAGCGCGGGUUGCGAGAACGGCGUAGCGAGACUUAGCUUGAAGCCGCGCGGGGAUGGUCGAGGGGAUGAGAACGGCGCGAUUAGCAGCGAGCUUGCGCACGAACAGACAGCCUCGAUAACACCGAGAACAGGGGCUAGUUUGGAUGGAGGCUCUGAAGCAGUUCCUGAUGCUGCUGCAGCCGACACUCCCAAGGUGGCCUCUGGUGGCCUGGAUACGACUACUAGGGCAGACAUGGGGCGUUAUAGCGGCGGAAAGAAGAUCAGGCGCAGGGACUCAGGUUUAGGGUUAGGGUUAGGGUUAGGGUUGGGUCACGGUGCGGGCGCAGGCACGGGGCUCGGCGUGCUGCAUUCACGGGGCGCAGGAUCGCAGCACGUACGGGAGGUGAACGAAGUGUCUGAUGUGAGCCAGGCGAGAGAAGGGAGAGGGUUGAGAGACGGCAGAUUGGCGGGAGAGGCGGGAGAGGCGAGUGGGGUGAAUCAGCACGAGGCUGGGUCGCCCUUGGACAGGGUUGCGCCGAGGGGAAAGCGCGUGACGGAGCAGAAGCGAGUGAGCCUGGGCGGAGGGGGAGGGUCAGGGGGGAAGCAGGCGGCGGGAGAGGGCAGCGCGGGGAGGCGGAGAGAGGGCGCAGUGGUGAUCGGCAAGGGGACCAAGGCGCAGGGCAGCAGAGGGAGGGCGCGGCAGUUGCGCGUGAGAGAGGCGCCUGGGGCAGCGGACGAGGCAGCAGGGGAGGCAAUUGGGGGGGGUUUUGCCCCGGACUCCGCGGAGCACGCGGGCAGCGCGGACGUUCCCCCCGCGCGCAGGGCUCCCGCGCACAAGAAGCACUCUAUAGCGAAGGUGUACCCACCGGGGAGGGACCUAGCGCGGCUGAUAGACCAAGGGCUGGUGAGAGACGGCGAGGCAGUCGAGUAUAGGGACAUGCGGGAAAGGCGCGCGCUCAAGAGCGGGCGGCUGUCGCGGCAGGGCGUGACGUGCGACUGCUGCGGACGCAUGUUUAACCUCUCUGGGUUUGAGGCGCACACAGGGGUGACGUACAGGCGCCCCGCGGCGAAUAUGUUUCUGGAGGACGGGCGGACGCUGGCCGUGUGCAAGAUGGAGGCGGAGAGGAGCGCGUAUGGGGGAGGCACAGGCGCAGGCGUGAGCGCUGCUGGGGGUGGGGGUGGAGGUGGGGUGGCUGCGGGGAAUGGCGCAGUGAGGGAGGCAGGCGGGAGGGGAACGUCAGGUGGUGGGCGGGAGGAGGGGAAGGGGGAGGGGGCAGCGGCGAGGAAGGUGGUGAGAGUGAAGGGGCUGGGGUCGAAGGUGAAAGGCGCAGGGGGUGAGGGGGGCGGGGAGGGCGCGGAAGGGGAGGGGGGAGCGGGGGAGCGGAAUGACUACAGUGAUGUGCUGUGUAGGCUGAACCCUGUAAUCUUGAUCUUGUCCGCAUCCCCCCAACUCCUCAUCCCCCGACCUCUCCAUCUUCCCACCUCCCCAUCCCCCCACCUCCCCAUCCCCUCACUUCCCCAUCUUCCCACCUUCCCAUCCCCUCACUUUCCCAACCCCUCACCUUCCCAUCUCCCCAUGCGUGGCGAGCAGGCGUUGCCAGGGGGCAACUGGUUCUGUCCGGCAUGCCGCUGCUCCAUCUGCGGGGGCAGCCACUACGGCACGCAGGGCUUUGGCGACGACACCGUCAUCUUCUGCGACCAGGACAUGGGGUGGGCGGACUUUAAGGAUCUCCCCACCGGCCUCUUCUUCUUCUGCCUUGCUUCUCCCAUGACUCAAGCCUCUCCCACUCCUCCAUGCACCCCUCCCACCUCCCCAAUCAGAUCAUGUGAGCUGUCUCAGGGACAUGGGGUGGGCGGAUCUCAAGGAGCUGCCCACCGGCCGGUAUUCUUCGGCCUGCAACGCCUCAUAGGCAAGCCCAUCGCCCUCCCGGGCGGCUUCUCCUGGACGCUUCUGCACGCGGAGGGCCCGCGCAGCGAGGCAGGGUCAGUGACCAAGGAGGAGCGGCGGCACGACAACCUACUGAGGGAGCGGACGGGGGAGGUGGAGAGGAAGCUGCGGUGCGGCAUGGAGGUGAUGCGCGAGUGCUUCCAUCCCAUUAAAGACGCCUUCACUGGCGAGGACCUCGUCCCCAUCAUCGUGCACAGCAAGAGGUCACCUCCCCUACCCCUUGCUUGCUCUUCCCUGUGCCCUCCCCUUGGCCCUUUUCUGUUUCCUCCCUUGUGCAUUCCCCUGUGCCCUCCCUUGCUCCCUCUGCUCCUCCUGCUCGUGCAUGUGACCUGCGGGGAGGGGACCUUGUCACCCGCACCCGCACCCACACAAUCUCUCCUUUCCCUCAUCCACUGGCGUUUCUCCUCAGGUUUCGCUCCACUCCUCUUCACUCCUGCCCACUCCUCUCCGCCCAUGUGCACCCCCUCUCCCACCCACUGCAGCACGAAGCAUCGGGACUAUUCGGGGUUCUACACUGCAGUGCUGCAGCAGGGCAAGGAGUCCAUCACCGCCGCCAGCAUCAGGGUGUACGGCUGUGAGCUAGCAGAGAUGCCCCUCAUCGGAACCCGUUUCCGCUACCGCCGCCAGGGCAUGUGCCGGCGCCUGCUGCAGCAGAUAGAGCACCUGCUCGCCUCCCUGGGCGUUCGCAGGUUCCUCCUGCCAGCUGUCCCCGAGGCCGAUGCCACGUGGCGCCAGGGCUUUGGCUUUGCUGACAUGUCAGCGGAGGGGCGGCGGCAGCUGCUACAGCUGGACGUGCUGGUUUUCCCCGGGACGGCUGUUUUGGAAAAGGCGCUGCCGGUCCUGCCGCCCGCUGCCGCCCCUGCCGCCCUGCCGCCGCUUAUGCCUGGGCCGGCUGGGCAGUGGAAGCUGGGGACUGGAGGGAGAGGGGCGGGAGGGGCGGGUGGAGCAGCAGCAGGGGGGCCGGGGGGGGUGAGGGCGGCAGGGGCGGUGGUUGGGGGGAGACUGGGGGGCAGGAGGGGGAUGGGGAGGGGCGGGGGAAAGCUGAUGCUGCCUGGACGGAAGGGCGCAGGAAGGGGCCUGGGGCGGGGAGGGAAGUUUAGCCUAAGGGGUAAGGCGCUGGGGGUACAGGGGGGAGGGGUGAGGGCGAAAGAAGGGGCGGGGGAGGGGUUGGUCUUGGAGCAUAUGUGGGCGUCUAAGGGAGUGAACGGGCACAGGCGAGUGAAGAAACUCAAAGUUAAGCUCAAGCUCGAAGCAGACCCGCACCACUCUCAACCGCAACCCAUCCCACCGCGCCCGCACAUGCUCCCGCUCGCCCCUCCACUCCCCCCAAGCCCAGCUCUCCCGUCUCCCUCUGCCCGUCACUCUGCUCUCCCUCCCACCCCUCACACUCCCCCACUCCCCGCCAUUUCUCCCAGGAAGCACCAUAAGGGAGGGGGGAGAGUGCGCCUCCCCCUGAAAAUCCACCCUUUGCCGGAGGAUCUGAGGUGGCGGGGGGGAGAGGGGGAGAUUCGACUGGUGAAAUACAAGAACUGGCCGGCUAGUGUGCUGCGGCAGCGGCAUAAGCAGCGGCUGGCGCAUUUGGAGGGGUUGGGAAAGGUGGGAGCGGGUGCGGAGCUGUUGAGUGUGGUGGUGGGGUAUGUGGGGCUGCCGUGGCGCGUGCUGCAGUGGGGUGGGGAAGGGGCAGAGUGGGUGGGUGCAAGGGAGGACGAGGAGGGUCAAGAGGAAGGCACCGGUGCUGCAACUGCCACUGCUGCUGGCACCGCUGAGCCUUCCAGUACCACUGGUGUGCCUGUCCUCUCUGCCCCUGCCCUGCUCAUUGCUCUACCUGCCGCGUUGCCUGCCCCUGCCCUGCCUGCCGCGUUGCCUGGUGAAACCCUGGCGGCUUCGUGUGAGGUUCUUGCACUACCUGAUGGGGGAGUGGGUGGGGAGGGGUGUGAUGUGGUUGAGGUGAAAGCAGAGGAGAAGGCUGAAGGGCAGGCAGAGGGGAACGGAGUGAGGGAGGUUGAAGGGAGUGCAGAGAGGGAAGCAGCUGGGAAUGGAGAGACAGGGGUAGAGGGUGAGGAUGAGGAGAAAGCAGAGAUCAGAGCAGCAAACGGGGAUGCAAAAGGGAGGCAGCUGCGGGGAAGAGGUGAGGGAGCAUCGGGUGCGGUUAGGAGUGGUGCGAAGCGGUGGAGCGAGCAGCAGGGGCAGAGGAAGGCAGCACGGCAUUCCCCUAGGCUGGCAGAAUUGGGGGCGGAACAGCUGAAGGCGAAUAAAGCAAUCAGCAUGAGCAAGGCAGGUCAUGCGGCAGGCAAGUGUAGCAAGGCAAGCGGCAUAAGUCACUUGAAGAGUGGUACCAACACGAACAUCACAAGCAAUGGAAUCAAUGCGAGCAAUGCAUGCGAUGUGAGCAUAGGUGAUGAAUGUGAGGCAGUGGUGCCGAGUAGGGAGUGGGGCAAGGAGGGGCGGCGAGGACCCAUGCUGGUGGUGAUUGCUCUUGAGGCGCCUGAACGCGUGGAGGGGCCUCUGGAUGCUGUGUACUGGGCUCGGGUGGAGGAGGAUGCGAGGCGGUGCAGAGCGGUGGCGGAGGGUGAGGGGGCGGGGGAUUUGGGGCGAGAGAGGGGAGAGGAGGGAGAGGGGGGAGAGCGGGGAGUGGGAGGAGAGGGGGAAGAGGGGGGAGAGGGGGGAGAAAGAGGAGAGGAGGAAGAGGGGUGGACACUUGAUGGGCCAGGUGGUAGAGGUGGGGAUGGGGAGGAUGAGGGGGGGAUGGUGGAUGCGGUAGGAGGGACAGGAGCGCGGAGAAGCAGUGGAGCAGCAGAAGCAGGUGGUGCAGGUGAGAAGGCGGAAGGUGGAGAGGCACCAGAGCCAGUUCGCACACCAUCAGCAGCAGCCGCAGCAGCAGCAGCAGCAGCCGCAGGGGGGCGAGGUGAAGCAGGGAGGCGGGCGGCAGGGGCAGCAGGGGCAGGAGGAACAGGAGCGCGUGUGGGAGGGGAGCGAGUGAGGGUGAGCGCGGAGGCGCUGCAGCGGGUGGUGCGCACGUUUGGCAUUGAGGAGAUGUGGCGUGCCGUGCCUGUGGAGGUGAUUGUGGGGGCAGUGGAGGAGGACGGGACGUGUGCGAUGGGUGGGGCACAUGCGGUGGAUGAGAUGGGUAUGAUGGGUGCAAUGGAAGGGAUGGAUGGGCUGGGUGAGGCAGAGCAGCUGCUGUUAGAGGGGUCGCAUGGGGAAGGGAUGGAGCUGAGUACGGUUCAGAGUGGUGAUGGUGCUAUGUGGAGGUCUGUGCCUGACACACCGCCGCCUGAGCUUUCCCUGCCGCCCAUCGGGCAGCGUCCUUUGGCUUUCCAGUUGCCGCCCAGUGCUUUUGAACCUUCACCCAAUGCUACGCCGUGCGCACUGCAAGCCUCUCAGAUGACACCUGCCUCCCAGAUGACACCUGCCUCCCAGAUGACACCUGCUUUCCAGAUGACACCUGUCUCCCAGAUGACACCUGCUUUCCAGAUGACACCUGCCUCCCAGAUGACACCUGUCUCCCAGAUGACACCUGCUUUCCAGAUGACACUUGUCUCCCAGAUGACACCUGCCUCCCAAAUGACACCUGCCUCUCAGAUGACACCUGCCUUCCAGAUGACACCCGCCUCUCAGAUGACACCUGCCUCACACACGCCUCUUGGAAUCACGGAGCCAACUCCCACUUCAGCAGUGAAAGGAGAGGAGCGCGUAGCAGAUGGUGAUUCCAUUGGGGCCGGCAGAGAGGAGGGUGCGCGGGAGAGAGUGGGCGAAGGGGUGGUAGGGGAAGCAGAGGGCGCCAUGGGUGCAUUGCAGCUCGCACCAGCCAGUGGGGCUCGAGAUUCCUCUCCCAUUCCUCGUUCGCUCUCUGCUGCUCAUGCACCAGAGGGCGUGGCACCAGAGGGCGUGGCAGCAGAGGGCGUGGCAGCAGAGGGUGUGGCAGCAGAGGGUGUGGCAGCAGAGGGUGUGGCAGCAGAGGGUGUGGCACCUGAGGAUGUGGCACCUGAGGAUGUGGCACCUGAGGAUGUGGCACCUGAGGAUGUGGCACCUGAGGAUGUGGCACCUGCGGAUGUGGCACCUGGGAGUGUGGCACCUGAAGGUGUGGCUCUUGAGAGUGUGGCACCAGAGACUUCCCCUGGCUGCUUCUCCCUGGCACCUCCAUCCCCCCCAACCUUGCUUGGCGCCAGUCCUCCCGCGCAGUGCCCCUCUGGUGGUGGUGGUGGUGGUGGUGCUGGUGGUGGUGGUGGUGGUGGUGCUGGUGGUGGUGGUGGUGGGGGUGGCGGGGGCGAGGGGGUGGUGGGGGGGAUGAGCAUGCGGUUGCGGCGAGCGGUGAAGUCACCCUCUUGGCUGCUGCAGGGCGUGAGGGGUGCGGGGGAGGACGGAGCAGGUGAGGGGGAGGAGGCGGACGAGGGGGACGAAGGAGGUGCAAGAGGGGUGGGAGGGGCGGGGGAGGAGAGGAGGCGGAGGGGCGGGGGUGCGCAGGUGGGGGGCGAGGGGUGGGUGUAUGGGGUGGAGGAGGAGUGGGUUCCCACCAGUGCUGUGUGCCGCAGGCGGCGAUCGGAGUCCACUCGGCGGGCUCGCGCUGUGGGAGAGAGACUCUCUGGAGAGAGGGUGGAUGGGGUGAGGGUGGAUGCUGCACAGCAGCAGCAGCAGCAGCAGGAGGAGCAGGAGCACAGGGCGACUGGCAUGCUGUCUUGGCCUCUCACUGACGGUACUGCUUGCACUGCUGCCACUGCUGGUGCUGCUGGUGCUACCGCUGGUGCUACCGCUGGUGCGGUGUGGCAUCAUGGUGGUGUUGGCAGCGCUACUCGCACACCAACCGGAGUGCGGAAGAAGCGGCGAGGCAGCAGCUCCUCUGUUGUCGUCGCUGCCUCUGCUUCUGCUUCUGCUGCAGCGCCCCCUGCACUUUGUAUCGCUGCUGAUGGCGCCACAGGCAAUGGGAUUGCCAGAGCAGCAGCAGCGCCAGCAGCAGCGUCAGCAGCAGUGGCAGUGUCACCCCUGCCCCAUGCUCACUCCCCCCGCACCAGCCACCGCACGUGCCGGCAGGGGUGGCGGGCAGCAGGGGGGGCAGCUCGGCUGAUAGCUUAUCGCGGCCGGGAGGUGACUGCUGGGGAGGGUGGGUCUGAGGAGGGGCGUUUCAAUGGUGCGGGGGAUGCGGGGUUGUUGGCACAGGCAGGUGGAGGGGAGGGGUUGGCAGAGAGAGGGAGAGCGGUGGGGGUAGAGACACCUGGUGUGUUGGCUGUUGGCGGUCCGCUGCAGUCAUAUUACAAGCGGCGCAGGGUGGAGCGGCGGAGGGGAGAGAGGGGGUGCAGUGAGAGUGGGGGGGAGGGCAGCAUGGACACAGGGCCAGUGGAUGAUGACAUGGGGCGCAGGGGAGAGGUGCAUGGUGACUUUGGCAUGACAGGCGUGGGGCACAUGGGAGACAUGGGGGAUGUGGGGGCAGUGGGGGGUGUGGGAGGGAAUGGAGCAGGUUGCGAGGGUGUUGAGAGCGGUGCAGAUGGCGCGCAUUCCAGUGGCGCUGGAGGGAGUGGCGAGAUGGAGAGCAGCAGUGGCGUGGAUUUGAUUCUCUCUGCCUCGCACAGCUGGAGCAGCAGCCAUGGCGUGUCAGCGGGAGCGGCCGCAUCAGGCAGUGUAGGGGGGACGGAUAAGGGCAGCUGCAGGCAUGCCAUGCUCACGCGUGGGUCACACGGGCAUGUGGCACAGACACAUGGGUCGGAGGGCCCUGUUAGCCAGCAGCAGGUGCAGUGGGCGGGGAAGGAGGAGCAGCAGGAGCUGGAGGAGCCAGAGCAGCGGGCGGAGCAACGACAGGAGCGCAAGGAGCAAGAGGAGGAGCAGGACCGGCAGCAUCAACAGCAGGAGGAGCAGCAGCAGCAGCAGCAGGCAGCCCGGUUGUCAGCGCGAGGAGCAGCCCACCGGUCGACAUUCAAGUUGGAGAGGCUGAGCCUGCUCUCCCUCUCUCCUCUUGUGGGCCGCUCUGGGUCUGCAGGCAAUGAUGGGCCGCUGGGGCUGGCUGAGGUGGGGGGGAGGAGACGCAGCAGCAGACUGCUGGAAGGGCAGGGGGCAGGGGAGGAGGGCGAGAAGGGAAAGGCGGGAGGGGGGGUGGGCGAGAAGGGGAAGGCGGGAGGGGAGAGGGCAGAGGAAGGGGUGGUGGGAGGGAGGAAUGUGGAGAGUGGUGGUGAGGGGAAGCAGAGGCGGCGAGUGGGGGUGGUGGCGGCUGCUGGUGUGGCAAGAGGGGUUGGUGCUGGUGCUGCUGGUACGGGGGAGGUGAGAGGGAAGGGGCAGAGCAGCAGCAGGGGGGCAAGCGGAGCAGAGAAGCGAGUGCUGUUCCUGAAUGGGGUGGGGGCGGGGGAGAGGAGGGGGUGUGUGAGUGCGCAAGGCCUUGACGCGUCAGAAGAUGGAGAUGUUGUGGAGGUGCAGGGGGAGGAGCGGGGGAGGGAAGGCGGGGAAGAGGAGAGCAGCAGGGGAUUCGACUCAGCAGCAGCUACACCGCUCCCCCGCGCCACACUGCUGUGGUCCCCCGGCCCUCUGCUGCUCCCCCCCUCUGGCGCCCCACCCUCCCCGUGGCGCUUGGAUGGAGUGGGUGAGAGAGAGGCGGAGAGGGAGGUGGAGAGGGGGAACGAGGGGAGAGAUCUGCAGGUGGUGAGGGCGGAAGUGAAGGAGGAGGAGGUGAUGGGGAAGGUGGAGGGGGAAGGGGAGGAGAGAGCGAUGGGCAAGGGACAUGAUGGCCAGUUGGACACAGUGCGAGUGGGGCCCAGUCUUGCAGAUGCAAGCAUUCAAGAGGUUGCAGCAGAGAAGGGAGAGGUAGCAGAGCAGAAAGGAGCAGCAGCAGGAGCAGGCACAGGGAUUCACACGGAGGAGUUGAAGCUGGAACUUGCAUUGCCUGCAGAAGCCUCUCACACGCCUAUCAUCCCUACCCUCAUGCAAGCUGCUCCCUCUGCUUCCUCGGAUGUUGCCGCCUCUGCUCCAGGGAAUUUUCCCGGCAAUCCCAAGGGAGGCAACCUGGUUACCACCUCCAAGCAUCAGCACGUUACCAUCGCCUUCCACCACAGGCACCUCGCCCUUGUGUUCCCCAUUGGCCCCGUCACCCACGACACUGAUGUAUCAGAGGAGGCGACUGGCCGCUCCCCGUGA